AUGCCGGGCAUUAGCUCCUCCGCUCCUCGUUAUGAAAACUGGACCAUGGACCACCUCGACCACUACCAACAUUAUUUCUACGACGACCACCACGACCCGGAUGAGGAUUUCUUCAAGUCCACAGCGCCGAGUGAGGACAUAUGGAAGAAAUUCGAGCUGGUGCCGACCCCGCCCAUGUCGCCAAUUCGGGCGGUGGAGGGGUCGGGCAGGGUCGGGCUGCUGUACCCGUCUCUGGGGGACAAGCUGGAGUGGGUGUCUCAGUUCUUGGGACAGGAGGAUGAGCAGCAGCAGCAGCAGGACUUGCCCUGCAAACUGACCACAACUAAUGACUCUUUCGGGAACUUGAGCUCGAUUAUCAUCCAGGACUGCAUGUGGAGCUGCUUCUCUGCAGGGCAGCAGCUGGAGAGAGUUGUAGGGGAGCGCUGCGCAUCGUGUCCCGGGACGGGGGCGGCGGCGGCGGCGGCAAAAGUCGCUGCCGGAUCUGCUCUCACAUCUCCGGGGAGAGUGCAGGGUGCCUCAGCCGACGCGGCGGCUCUCAGCGGACUGGCGGCGGACUGCGUGGAUCCGGCUGCGGUUCUCACUUUCCCAUUAAACGGGGGAUGCAAGAAACAAGUUUCCUCUGGUUCAGAGUCUCACACCGACUCAUCAGGUCAGUAACAGAAGGAGCAAUUCCUACAACAUAGUUUUUUUUUAUUAUUUGGAUUGACUUGGAGCUUCUCAGUGAUGGAGUGUAAAAAACUGUAUGAUAGUUUCAUCUUGUUUCUUCAGCCCUUAGUGGUACCUUCUUGCUCCUAAACAUUAUUUUUAUCAGGAACUUUUUUUUCCCAAGGUGUCUUAAGAUUAACUCGACCUGUACUGAAAUGAUCCAUUAACUUAUUUGGUUAAUAUUUUGCUUUGAUUAGCCAUUAUCUGCAAGUAAGGCUGAGAAUGGCACAUGAUGACUGCAUUGCGUUACCUUGGUGCAUGCAACACAUGCUUGAAGCCCAGAGUGCGGCACGCCCAUUGAAACAUCUGCUGCCUGGCAGGGCUCCAGCAGACCAGCUGCUCCCUCUGCCUGCUCCUCCAGUCUGACUUAAGAUAACAAUAUUCUCUCUGCACCGCCUGGCUCAGAUUUGACAAGAAUAAAAUGAGAGAGGGCGACUCGUAAUUGUUGGAACUUUUUAUGUAAGAUGAAGAGAAGGAAAACCAACACUCUCGAUUUAGAUUUUAUGGAGCAAGAAUUCCCCCCUGACACCAGAACCACUUUUUUCCAUUUUCACAACCAAAUGACAGAAACUGGUAUGUAGGCUGCCAUGUGAUGCGGAGCUUGGACCAUGUAUAAUAGUGUGUGGAAUGUCACAAAGGGAACUUGUUGCUGCAUUCCUCCGCUCAACAGGCUGCAGCGCCAAUUGUGUCAGUGGGUGGAUUUGGUUGGAGCCAGCUCGGGCUGUGAAUAGAGCAGGAUUAGCCAUUUAGGAGGUCAGCUAGGCCUGCAGAACUCUUUGACUGGAGUUUGAGGCUGUAUUUCACACCGUUACAGAAGAUAAUGCGUUUAAACAAGAGGAGAAUGAGCAAUCAUGGGAAUAAAUGUAAUAAGGGUGCUUGAGGGAACUUAUCUUGUAUUCUUUGUAAUGUGAGAAGUCAUCUUUUGUCGUAUAAAUGUUGCUGUCAAUAAUAGUCAGGCGCCCCUCCCUCUACAGCUCUUUGUGCAUCCCCCUUUCACAGUGUUAUCCAUAUGAGAUUACUGCUUUCUGAGCAGUCAAAUACUCAGAGGUGCAAUUACUUCGAAGGUGUGUUUCAAUUUACAAGAGCAGUGAAAAUCCUCCAGGUCUAGUGAGUUGGCAGGAAUCAAGUCGAUAAAACCUUUCCCGGUGUUCAAUACCUCUUUUCCACUCUAGAAAACAGUAACAAAUGGCUCCAAAUGAGCACCGAGUUGAAUAUCAGUUGGCUCAUUUUAACCUGGUGAUGAAUUGCUGAUUUUGCUGCUCUUCAACUAGCUCUCAUUCUUUUGAUCCUCGUGGGUAAAGAGAGAAGGAAGUGAACCGAGAGUAGUGAAUCCUGACUGUGAGAGCAUGUGUCAUGUAAGGUGUGAAAGCAGUCGGAUGUAUUAAUUUAAUCAGACAAUUUACUGUCUUUUCCUUUUGGUGUUCCAGAUGAAGAAGAUGACAAAGAUGAGGAUGAAGAGGAGAUUGAUGUGGUGACGGUGGAGCACAAGCAGCAGCAACAGCGUAAACCUCGCCGUCUGGUCAAUACUCGUAAACCAGUGACCAUCACGGUUCGUGCUGAUCCCCUGGACCCUGGCAUGAAGCGUUUCCACAUCUCCAUCCACCAACAGCAACACAACUAUGCUGCACCCUCCCCAGACACAGUCCCGCCACCACCUGAGCCUCCUCGGAAGAAGGUGCGACAGGAGGCCUCAGGCCAGGCCUCUCAGCCGCACCAGAACUCUCACUACCAGCAGCCUCGGGCUGGCCACGCCCCCCUGAACUUAGACACCAGAAAGUAUCAUGUGAGCCAGAAUGGAGUCAGGUCAGAGUCGCCUAACCUCAGCGCCUCCUCUCCUACCUCUUCCACAUCACCUUCGUCUCCUCCAUCCUCCUCAUCUUCCUCAAACUCCCACCCUCAGAGCUCCCCCACAAAGCCCCAUUACUGCUCCCACCUCUCUAGCCCCCAGUCGUCUGACUGCGAGGACACGGACAAACGCAAGGCGCACAAUUUCUUAGAGCGCAAGCGGAGGAAUGACCUGCGCUCGCGUUUCCUGUCGCUGCGGGACGAGAUCCCAGGCUUAGCAGACUGCCCCAAGACACCAAAGGUGGCAAUCCUGACAAGAGCCACAGAAUACCUGCAGCAGCUGCACGUCAGCGAGAGGCAGAAGGCUCAGGAGAGGAAGCAGCUGAAAACCAAGCAACUGCAGCUGCUGCAGCGACUGGCACACCUAAAACGAUCCUGA